UCAACACGCCGGCACAUGCAAGGCGGAGCCUGAUUAUGAAGUGGAGUUGUGCACCUCUUCAAGAUGGCGGGACUACAAAUGAGUCUGGUUAAAUAAGACACGAUACGUAGGUAGCCGACUUCUGACGAGAUACUUAAGUUAUAUGUACUGCUGCCAGUGGAACCGCAGGAGGAUGUUGAUCGCAGCCUCGAUCCCCCAUUAGGCUGAAUGCAUUGUGAUUUCCAAUAAUUGAGACAGUGAUUCUGAAAGCUGUCUACAUUAAUGAAAAGAACAAUGUAGUCAGCUUAGCCUAUCCAUCUCUGAUACGUGUUCUAUCCUGGAAUGUGCUUCUGCAUGCAUUCUACUUUUGGACAAGAACAAAUAAUCUAAUAAGUUUAUAAGAUAAUUCCAAAUCUUUAAGGCAGUUUAGAUUCUAAAUAAAAACUAUGGAAAUAGAUUAUGUUCUCCCACCUCUCCCUUCGGAGCCACCUAAUGAUUUUGGCCAAGAUGAGGGCAGAGCACCUCCACCACCUCCCCUGCAAACGUCCAGUGACGCAGAGGUAAUGGACGUUAGCUCUGGUGGUGAUGGAUACAUACACAACCAAGGGGAUGUCGAAGCAAAUCCACAACAGCCCCUCAGCACUGGCACAAUUACGUUCUGUAGCCAGCCCUCAAAUGAUGCCAGUUACUCCAACCCACUGUGCCCCAGGACAGCUCGUCACGCUCCCCCUGUAAUCAAUUUCCUGCCCGAUAGCAAGCUGCUUAGGGAUGUUAAGGUUCGAGUUAGCUUCACUGAAAGCAGUUGUGGCAAAGACAGGAAGGUUUUGUAUACAGGUGAAGAGCAAGAGAGAGUUAGUGAUGAUGGUUUGGACCACAUGAAUGGUGAGUUUGAGUUCUCCAGUGAUCAGAGACUAGCUGAAGGUAGCUCAACAGCACAUGGAUCAGGUAGGGUUUUGGAGGUGGACACUGACCUUGAGAACAAAGUGGAGUAUGCCGUCCUGGAUGAGUUGGAUGGCGUCGAUGAGAAUUUCAUGGAUAAUGAAGAUGAAGCCAAUGGCGGCUUUAAGUCCAACGUCAGAAUUCAGCAGGAGCCAGCAGAUGACGAGACCAUGGCUUACAUGUAUGAGGGGGAAUUUGACAAUGACGUUGACGCUCUGCUCGAGGAGGGCAUGCCAGUCCCGAAAAAGAUGCGUCCAGCAGAGGACAAAUAUAGUGGCGAGAGUGAUCACCAGUCAGAAGGCGAAGGAAGUGUUCAACCCAUGAUGACCAAAAUUAAAACUGUCUUGAAAAGUCGGGGACGUCCACCCACUGAGCCACUUCCUGACGGAUGGAUCAUGACAUUCCACAACUCAGGCAUUCCAGUCUACCUGCACAGAGAGACCAGAGUAGUAACUUGGUCCAGGCCCUACUUCCUUGGAUCCGGGAGCAUAAGGAAACAUGAUCCUCCAACCAGCAGCAUCCCCUGCUUACACUAUAAGAAGAUGAAGGAACAUGAAGAGAAGGAACUGAACGGCGUUGUGAAUCCACAAGCAGAAGUGUUCCCCGUUAAGCCCAGCGAGGAAGCAAAUGGUGAUGACCAUGUAGAGAACUCAGAAAAUACAGCUGAGGUGCACGAUGGCGUACCCGCUUCCACUCCUGCUGACUGUGGCCCAGAGCCUGAGGGCAUCACCAAUGACACUCGGCCUGGUAAAGAGGCCCCACCCUUCGACAUUGCUCAAGGAGCCCUUGGACAAGUCAGGGCCAAAGUGGAAGUAUGCAAAGAUGAGUCCAUUGAACUUGAAGACUUUCGCCUAUACCUGGAAAAGUGCUUUGACUUUGAACAAGUGACGGUGAAGAAGUUCCGCACAUGGGCUGAGCGAAGGCAGUUUAACAGGGACAUGAAGAGGAAACAGGCUGAAUGCGAGAGGCCAAUCCUGCCUGCAAACCAGAAACUCAUUACACUGUCAGUCCAAGAUGCACCUACUAAGAAAGAAUUUGUCAUCAAUCCCAAUGGGAAGUCUGAAGUUUGCAUCUUACAUGAAUACAUGCAGCGUGUCCUGAAGGUUCGGCCUGUUUACAACUUCUUUGAAUGUGAGAACCCAAGUGAACCCUUUGGCGCGUGUGUCAUUAUUGACGGCGUCACCUACGGCACAGGGACUGCAAGUAGUAAAAAACUUGCCAAGAAUAAAGCUGCAAGAGCCACACUGGAAAUCCUUAUACCAGACUUCGUGAAGCAGACUUCUGAGGAAAAGCCUGUUGAGGCAGAUGAACUUGAGUAUUUUAACCAUAUCAGUAUAGAAGACUCGAGAGUGUAUGAGCUGACCAACAAAGCAGGGCUUCUUUCACCGUAUCAGAUUCUUCAUGAGUGCCUUAAAAGAAACCAUGGGAUGGGAGACACGAGCAUAAAAUUUGAGGUUAUACCAGGGAAGAAUCAGAAGAGUGAAUAUGUGAUGACUUGUGGCAAGCAUACUGUGCGUGGUUGGUGCAAGAACAAGAGAGUAGGCAAACAGUUGGCAUCUCAGAAGAUUUUGCAAAUGCUUCAUCCUCAUGUGAAGAACUGGGGCUCACUGCUGCGAAUGUAUGGCCGAGAGAGUAAUAAGAUGGUCAAGAAGGAGAGCUCAGACAAAAGUGUGAUUGAGCUUCAACAGUUUGCUAAGAAGAACAAACCAAACCUCCAUAUCUUGAAUAAACUGCAAGAGGAGAUGAAGAAACUGGCUGCACAAAGGGAGGAAACUAGGAAGAAACCCAAGAUGACCAUCGUGGAAUCUGCCCAGCCAGGAAGUGAACCUCUCUGCACUGUUGAUGUUUAAGCAGAAAGCUAGCCAAACACCACACUCGCUGUUCCAGCACCGCAACAUCGUCGCUAUGUAGUAUCACAUCAUCAUGCUGUUAGAAUUACUUGCUUCUUUUGUCCGUGUGUAGUUGGAUUGGCUGAUAGUGCAUUUUGUUUUUCCUACUCUGAUGUCUAACAGACCAUAGCGCAAAUACCAUCUACCUCUCUAGAUGCAUCCCAGCUAUGGUACAAGGAGCAAGUCACCCAGGGUGCAGAUAAGAUGGCGUGUCAUAAACAUCGUCAAUUUCAAUGCAUGCACGUCGGACUGCAAGAACCACUACCUACCAUGGUUUUGUUUUUUAAAGUGUCUUAAUAGCCGCAUUUCAAUACCAGCACCUGUGUUUUUAUUAGCUCGUAACAUAUUUGAAAGGGACUGCUUGCAUUUAUACCAUUGAAUUGGGAUUAAAAUGGCUUGUAUUUUAUCGUCUGGUGUUAUGGCUAAUAUGGGGGACUGCAAAUAUGCUUUAUUAAUUUUCCUUGAGAAUUGAUUUGGUUUGCAUGCUUGAAAACGUUGUGAAGUGAUGAGUACUCGGAACAAUUAUGCACUUGUGUCCUGUCCAACAGAUUUGUCGCCCGGGCCACACAUUUAUUUUCUUGGGACUUGGCUUUACAACGCUCUAUUUGGGUACUAAUGCCAUGCACACCAAUUAACAUUUCAUUAGCUUUGUGUUUCGGUACCCUUAACCUAAAUUAAAUGCUCUACAUGUGGCCUUUGCUAAUCAAUUUCACAAAGGGCUUUGAGUCUAUUGAUUGGACCUAAAACUUGCCCAGGGAAUGGAAAAGACCAUGCCCCCCUCUACAAAAUAAAGCAUUUACCUAGCAAAUUAGUGUUUUUAAAGAGAAGUAUGUCCGCAGCAUGAGCUGAGAUGUGUCUUAAUGUACUUUGUAUCGGUUUUGUAUGUUUACCUUUCUUCUGACAGCUGACCAUGCGUAUGACCUUAAAUAAGAUAUAAAUAGCGCAGAAUGCAAACCUUGAACAAUUAAGUUCGAAGGCCGUCAAAAGUUUAGUCCAACAGUCGCUUCUGAAACUGCAUAUACCAAAGCCUAAAAUCCUGUCAUAUGCAUUUUUUAGACUACCUAACGUUGCUGCAAACGCUACCGUUAAACGACUAUACAAGAUAAAGACACGCUAAUAUAGAAGACUGCUGUGCAUUAAAGUAUUUAACUUGUGACAUCUUUUGAAUGUGAGGCUGUUGUGAUUUUGGUUAGUUUUAAGAAUAUGCUAUUUCUUUUCCAUUUUCUGCGCAUGCUGUCUUGCCAAGUGUUUCAGUGUGAGACUUGCUUUUACAUGUUAUGCUCCUGACUUGCACCAGUGACUUCUUUGGGAUGGUGUUUCCCUACGAUAUGAAGUACAGUAUGUGUUGUAACAGGAAUUCCAUGACUGGUGAUAUUUGUUAUGCAAAAUAAAAUGUAUUGAAUAAUC